UACGAUGACAAACAUAACCCGAGGAAGAUCGACAGUGAUCUCGAAAUACCACAGAAAUAUUGACAAGAGCGUCACCAAAGCUUCAUCAGACUGUUCUCCAGCUGAGCGCCUCAUCGAAGCCCCGGUGAGCCCCGAGCGUUCAGACGCCGUCUACUCUCAGACGUCCUCGCAGGACUCCGGCUGGCACGUCUGGUCGGGCUGGUGGUCAGAAGAGGUCAAAGGUCACACUGAGUUUGUAGAGCAAGAGACGGACGCUGGACAUCUCCCGGCUCCCUCAGAAACCGGCAGGAGAGAAAGUGCUCUACAGGACCACGAGGACGAGACUCGGGAGAACGUCCUAAAUGAAGAGACGCAGAACAUGGAGAAAGAUGAAGACAAACAAGAGCCGAUCAAAGAGCUCAAGCUCUAUAAGAUAGCCAGUGAGCUCCUGCAGACCGAGAGGGCGUAUGUGACCCGGCUGCAUUUGCUGGACCAGGUGUUCUGCGCUAAACUCACUGAGGAGGCUGGGAAGGGGACGUUUCCUGUCGAGGUGGUGAAAGGCAUCUUCUCCAAUGUGGGAUCCAUCUACACCUUCCACAGCCAGUUCCUCCUGCCGGAUCUGGAGACGCGGAUGAGCCAGUGUCAGGAGGUGUGUGGGAAUCUGACUCUGCAGCAUCACAUGCUGGAGCCGGUGCAGCGGGUUCCUCGCUACGAGAUGCUGCUCAAAGACUAUCUGAAGAAACUCCCGGAGGAUGACCCGGACCGCAGCCAGGCCGAGAAGUCUCUGAACAUCAUCUCAAUGGCUGCCACACACUCCAACACGGCCAUCCGCAAGAUGGAGAAUCUGAAGAAGCUCAUGGAGAUCUAUGAGAUGCUGGGAGGUGAGGAGGACAUCGUUAACCCGUCCAACGAGCUCAUUAAAGAAGGACAAAUCCUAAAGCUGGCCGCAAGGAACACCUCGUCCAUGGAGAGAUACCUUUUCCUGUUUAACAACAUGUUGCUGUACUGCGUGCCCAAGUUCAGUCUGGUGGGCCAGCGGUUCACUGUGCGCACGCGGGUGGGCGUUGAGGGCAUGAAGGUGCUCGAGACCUCCAAUGACGACUAUCCUCACACUUUCCAGGUGUCGGGUAAAGAGCGAACGCUGGAGCUGCAGGCCAGCUCCGAGCAAGACAAAGAGGACUGGAUCAAGGCAUUCCGGAAGACCAUUGAAAUCUUUCAGCAGAAGAAUGAAUCGUUCAAAUCAGCCUCUAAAGAAGUGGUGGAUGAGGUUUCUAAAGAGGAGUUGGGGAAGAGAGCACCGCGCUGGAUUCGGGACAAUGAAGUGACCAUGUGCAUGAAAUGCAAGGAGCCCUUCAACCCCCUGACCCGCAGGAGACACCAUUGCAGGGCAUGUGGAUACGUUGUGUGUUAUAAAUGUUCGGACUACAAGGCAUCGCUGAGGUACGACGGCAACAAAUUAAACAAGGUGUGUAAGGACUGUUACUUCAUUCUGACCGGAAGAGUGGAUGCUGAGGAACCAGUCAGCGGGAAGAAAAGAGGAAUUCUUGAGAUUGAAGCGGCUCAGGUCUCAGGAAACAGUUUCCUGUGUGGCUUCCUGCAGUACAGUACAGACCGAACUAAACCGUGUCAGAGGGUGUGGUGUGUGAUUCCGCAGCAUGACGCGCUGGUUCUUUACCUGUAUGGCGCUCCACAGGAUGUCAAAGCCCAGUGUACCAUCCCGCUCCUGGGUUACCAGGUUGAGGACGUCCAAAGGUCUGUGGAUCAUCCUCCCACCAGCUUCCGUCUGCGCCAAUCCAAAUCUGUCCACUACUUCACUGCCGACACGGAGGAAGUGAAACUGCGCUGGCUGAGAGUGAUAUGCAAAGCUGUGAUCGGGGAAAUGCCAGAAUGUCAGACACCAGACGUUGGCGACCUUGCCAACGGUUGCCAUGAAGGCAUGCCUGAUGGUACCUGAAAAAGACAGGGCAGUUUUCCAGCUUUUGCACUGUUACGCGUGUAACUCGUGUAGAAUGUGUUGGUAAAGAAACACUUACGGAACAGAUUGGAUUUGUUUGGGAGUGUAUAAAUAGUUUUUUCCUGUGCAGCCUAUAUGCAGUCAGUUGAUUAAUAUUUUAGAUAUUUUAAUGUAUUAUGAUGUCAACCUCAAUCAGACUCGUAAAAACAUUCAGUGUGUGAUUUAUUUAAAUUAUAUUCUCUUAGUUUGCAAAAGAUUGUUCGCAGACCAAUCUCAGCCAAGCAAGUCCAAAUUAUGCUUUGUGAUUUAUUAGUCUUUCUCUUUAUGAAGUCAUGUUUUAUAUAUAUUUUAAAUUUGCAAUGUUAAUAUGCUGUUUGUCAUUGUCACUGUCCCUAAGAUUUAUGCACUUUAUUGCUUUUGGUAAACCAGGAUGUUGACAUUAAAAUUAAUUAAUAAAAGUUAAGCUCCUU